AACAGAGGCGGCGGGUACCGCCAGAAAACGACAACUAAUAUACACAGAAAGAGGCCUGAAGACGGCCAUUACUUCCAGAUGUAGGAGAAGAAGGUAGUGGCAAAACGGGAGUCGGGACAAAACAGGAAGAGAAGAGGUCGAAAUUUCUAGGGCAAGAUGGUGGGCUCCACGGUUUCAAGUCCGAGAGAGGGAAGGAAAGAGACGGAGGAGGUCAGGAUAAGGAGAGAGACGCUUCAGUCUGUGCUCGAUCAAUGCAAGAGAGCCCUAGAAAUGCUCAAGAACGCGGACAGCAUCAGCGACGCUGCUUCCGUUGACAGCAACGACAAUGGAGACUCGGCGUCGGUGUCAUCGUCCGAAACGGCCGAGCUAUGUGAUCUUCUCAAGUCUAGAGUGGAAGAGCCCAACUUCCUCGAAAAGCUUGGCAGCAUCCACAUGUCAGUUCCUCACAAUAUGGCUGUAGCAGAAGAAGGUAGCUCUUGGGAUGUGAUUAGUGAAACUGACUUAUGGGAAGGACAUUUUGAUGGGGAGAAUGAGUCAGACCAAGACAGUUAUGUUCUUGUCCGACAAGAAGAUAUCGUGGAAGGAAUUGCAUGCUUCAUGGCUGCAUAUUUAUUAUCAUUAAAUCAAACUAAGGAAUUAACACCCAUUCAACUCCAAGAAGCUCUCAGCAAAACAUUCUCUGUGAAGAAGAAAAAGGGAAAACUUCGGAAGGCGUGGGAUGGAAGCAAAGUUGUUUACAAUGUAGCAUCUUGGGGUGCCACUGCCAUUGGGAUAUACCAAAACCCAGCAUUGUAUAGUGCGGCAUCUGUGGCUUUCUGGUCAUCUUGCCGUGUUAUAUCGAAGCUGUUGUGAAUUUCAUUUGUGCUGUUUCCGGGAAGAUCUGCUGCCCGGGAAAUCAGUGCUGGAAGAAGAUAAAUUGGAGGUGUUCUCAAAUAUGUAAAAUUAAGAUUUGCAGGGUCUCGUUGUGCAAUGGAUUGCUUUAUCAUUCUUCUCCCAAAUCGUUGGACCUUGCUUGUGUACAUAUGCUUUAAUUCAGCAGAGAAUGCCUCCUCAUGCAAUUUGAAAAUUAAGCUUCUGCAUUUGUAACCAUCUGAUUGUUCUCUUGAACUCGAUACAUCGGACUGAAAUUCUUCAGAUUA